CGAGCAGGGCGGGGCCUCUGGGAAGCAGGAAGUGACGAUCGCCCCGAGUCCCACCUCCUCCUUCUCCAGUUCCAAAGAUGUUCCUCCCUGGACUUCUUAACCUGUCUCUUAACUUCCUGCGCCUCACACCUCAAGCCUAGGGAGCCUGGAGUGCCAGGGAUGGCCUUGGAGAGGGACAGACUGCCAGGCCAGGAGGAGGUAGCAUUCAAGGAUGUGGCUGUGGACUUCACCCGGGAGGAGUGGCGCCUCUUGUCCCCUCCCCAGAAAGAGCUGUACAAGGAGGUGAUGCUGGAGAAUAUCAGGAACCUGCUUUCUGUGGGGCUUCCAGCUCCUCCAGAAGACAUGAUCUCUUAUUUGGAGCAGAGGGAAGCCCCAUGGAUGCUGGAGCAAGAAGGCCUGAGGAGCUACUGCCCAGGAGAAGAGAUCAGACCUGAAAUGAAGGCAAAUCCAACAGAGGUGAGCCUUCCUGUGGACCUACAAAAAUUAAUGAGUGAUGGUCCUGAUAACUUUGCUUUCAGAGAAUUCUUUGUUGUACCUCAAAAUUUAUCUCAUAUUGAACAUCAAAGAAGGCACACUAAGGAAAAAUCUAGUCAAAGUAAUCUAUGUGGAAAGGCUUAUAUACAAAGGGUUAGUCUUGUUGGACAUCAGAGAAUCCACACUGGUGAGAAACUUUAUGAAUGCAAUCAAUGUGGAAAGACAUUUAGACAGAACUUAGAACUUUCUGUACAUCAUAGAGUCCACACUGGAGAGAAGCCUUAUGAAUGCAAGCAAUGUGGAAAGACAUUCCGUCAGAGCUCCCAUCUUGCUGUACAUCAGAGAAUCCACACUGGGGAGAAACCUUAUGAAUGUAAACAAUGUGGAAAGACAUUCAAUCAGAGCUUCCAUCUUGCUGUACAUCAGAGAAUCCACACUGGGGAGAAACCUCAUGAAUGUAAUCAAUGUGGAAAGACAUUCAGUCAGAGCUGCUCUCUUGUUCUACAUCAGAGAGUCCACACUAGGGAGAAACCUUAUGAAUGCAAGCAGUGUGGAAAGAUAUUCAGUCAGAGCUCCCAUCUUGUUGUUCAUCAGAGAAUCCACACUGGGGAGAAACCUUAUGAAUGCAAGCAAUGUGGAAAGACUUUUAUACGGAGCUCCAAUCUUGCUGAACAUCAGAGAAUCCACACUGGAGAGAAACCUUAUGAAUGCAACCAGUGUGGAAAAACAUUCAGACAGAUCUCCCAUCUUGCUCAUCAUCAGAAAAGUCACACUGGGAAGAAACCUUAUGAAUGCAAUCAAUGUGGAAAGAUAUUCAGACAGUUUAGAACUUGCUGUACAUUAGAAAGUCCACACUGACAAGAAACCUCAUGAAUGCCAAGAGUGUGGAAAGACAUUUUGUCAGAGCUCCAAUCUUGCUCAUCCUCAGGGAGUCCACACAGAUGAGAAACCUUAAGAAUACAAGCUAUCUGAAAAUAUGUUCACAUGUAGCUCCAGUCUUGCUAUUUUUUUAAGGAAAUUUAACCUCCCUUUCUCCAGCAGCUUAUCUUGGGUGAGCCUGAACUAGAGGGGAGGAUUGUGUGGUGGAAUAUUGUGAGGAUAGAAUGGAAGUAGGAAAAAGACAACAAUAGAGUUGAGAGAUAAUGUGAUGAGGACAGGGUCAUGUCUCUUAUAUUGCCCCCUGGAAUGCCCCCAGACAGCCUAGGCAAAAUAGAAAGCCACAGUUGGCUCCUGAGAUGAGAUUUGUGAGUUAGUAGGUGAAGAAAAAGUUUGAUAAACUGAGGCAAGAAAAGAUAUCAAAGCUCUUCUCUUUCAGUUUUGUUGCUGGAUAGACUUAUGAGCAUGGCUAGGGUGUCCUAUUGGUGGCUAAAUGGAGCAGUAAGAAAUGUAUCUCUCCUAUUUUUCCUUCUUUUUCUCCUGCUGUCUUAGAUUAAGUCAAAUUAAUUUAGUCCCAGUCUCAUAGUUUUCUCUCUUAUACUGUAUAUCACAGAAAUCACAGAUGUUGACACUAAGUUUUCACCUUGCUCAAAAUCAGACAAUUCACUCUACUAUGUCAUAAGCUCUACUAAGAUUAGGUCCAAAUGGACAUGUGAUAUCAUAAACAAAUUAAGGGAGCAUAGAAUAGUUUACCUUUCAGAUCAAUUUAUUGAUAAGGGAAGAAUUUAUGACUAAAUAAGAAAUAAAUAACAUUAUGAGGUAUAAAAUAGGCAAUUUUCAUUAUAUUAAAUUUAAAACUGUAUAAACAAAAAUAAUGCAGCCAAGAUUAAAAGUGUAAACAAGAAGUUAUCAUUUGCUUUACAAUAUGUCCUAUUAAAUACUUCCAUUUUUAAAAAAUCUAACCC